AUGGAGAAUGAAGACGACUCCCUCCGAGAUGCUGUUAUUAAUUUCUUCCGGACAGAAGAGGUGUCUCAGAAGUGGUUUCAGCUGUAUGUUUUGUUCAGUGCCGAGUCUAACGGCGGGGCGACGACCGAAGCCUCCGAGGGUGACACCCAGUUCAAGAGCCGACUGCUAGAACAGUACUUCUUCGCCGACUCUCGUACACAAUUUCAGCUAUCACCCGCUCGUAUGGCUGGGUUUGUCGGGCUCAAGUCCGUUGUUUCCGCACUUCUUGAAGGGGACAUGGAGCAAAAGGGCAGCACCCUGGAAUUGGCCCAGUUUCGACGUGGCUACUUAGAACACGACAUCAUUCUCUGGGGAGAUCAGACCCAUAUCAAAUUUCAUUGCGCAGUGUCUAGGAACGAUAAGAGCGUUGUCGAGAGAUUGUUCCAAGAUGACCCCGAAGUAUUCAAAGGUCUCUUUCCUCUCCACAGGGCAGCUUUGGCGGGUAACUUUGAGAUUUUCCAGCUUCUCUUCAAAUCAUAUGAAGUACCUUCGGAUUCUGUUCUGGAGGGGCGGUCUAUUCUCCACGCGGCUGCGAUUAGCGGCCAUGUGCAAAUUGCUCGGCUAAUUUUGGACGGAGACACGCCCAACGCCCCCGGCUUCAUCGACAUGAUGGACAACAACAAUCAAACAGCCUUGAUGAUUGCUGUCAGAAUGGGAAAUAUGGACCUGGCAAAGCAGCUCAUUGCGGCCGGUGCACAACUCUGCAUUGGUGACUGUAGUGGUAAAACAGCAUUGCAUUAUUCCAUCCAGCAUUGCCCGCAGAUUGUUGGGGAUAUUGUGAGCGAGGACAGUAGCCUGACGUUCUCCCAGGACGAAGUAGGGUGUACGCCAUUACAUGCUGCCGCUUGCUCGGGGAGCAUUCAGACGACUGAGAUCAUGCUCGCCGCUGCUAGGGAAAAAGACCAACUCGCGGAGUUGAUCAACAUGAAGAAUAGCCAAGACUUCAUGGCUCUUCACCACGCCGCUGAAAGAGGAUUCGACCUCGUCUGCAAAGUUCUUAUUGAGGCUAGCAUUGAGGUCGAUGCUUAUUCAGGCGAUGCCAGGACAGGCGCUGCAUUGCUGGCUUCCAAGCAUGGCCACUUAGCCAGCCUGAGAAGGAUAUUCCCCGAAGAUUUAGAAGACGGAGAUCAACUACUCUUGGAAGCAGCCAGGGCAGGCCAGAUGCUCAUCGUCCAGUACCUUCUCAAGACCGGCGUUUCCGCAGACGGACCGGAAGAAGCAGCCAAGACGCCGCUCUCCGAAGCCGCCGCCCGAGGACAUCGCGAUGUUGUGCGCACUUUGCUGCGUUUCGGAGCAGACGUGAACCUGCAGGAUGCUCAGCGGCGGACCCCAUUGCACUAUGCCGCAAUGGCUGGGAUGCAUGAGGUCGCAGAGAUUCUUCUCAACCCUGCUUCCGUCGACGCAAACGAGACAAACAUUGAUGCGCGAGACUUCCAGCGAUUCACACCUCUUCACAAUGCAGCCCGCGGAGGGAAUGAACGAAUAGUUACUCUGCUACUGAGGCACAAUGCAUCUGUAGACGCUAGAACGACCUCGGAGGAGACUCCAUUACAUUUCGCGACCCGAUUUCCCGAGGUAGUUCACCUGCUACUGAAGCACCACGCAUCUGUAAACGCUCGAACGACCUCAGAGGAGACUCCAUUACAUUUCGCGACGCCAGUUCCCGAGGUAGUCAAGCUCCUCCUGGAAGCACACGCUGAAGUGAAUGCCGUCGAUGUUCUUCACCAGGCACCUCUGCACAUGGCAACGCGCAACCAGUGUCACCAGUCGGUGCAGAUGUUGUUAAAAGCAGGUGCCGAUGUUCGCCUUGCCGAUGACGAUGGUGGCAAACGGGCUGUGUACCAUGCCAUUGAACAUAAAGACCUCCCAAUGGUCGAGGACCUUUACAAGCUUGGAGACCGGCCAACUGAAAAGGAAUACUUAGACGACAUUGCACACGCGGUGAAAUGCUCCGCCACUGAUGUCCUCAGGUUCUUGAUAAAGGAUUGUGGGAACUCGAUCCACACGAAGAAGGUUGGCGAUGAUCAAACAUUGUUGCACGUUGCUUGCGAAACGAUAGACUCGCCUGAGAUUGUAUCGUUCCUGAUCGAGUCGGGGCUGGACGUCAACUCCCUCAGUGCGAGUAAAACCCCAUUGCACUUGGCGGCGGCAAGUGCCAAGAUUGACAGCAUGCUAGAGCUUCUCAAGUAUGGUGCCGAUAUCAAUAUGCUCGAUCAAAACGGCGACGCGCCCUUGCACUUGGCAGCGCAGAGCGGCUCCGACACCGCCGUUCGUAUGCUACUCGAAAAAGGCGCCCCCGUUGAUGCGCGGGGGUUUGAUGGGGAAACGCCGCUCUUUUGUGCCGUUACCGGCGGCCACAUCGCCGCCUCUAGGGCUCUUGUCGAAUCCGAUGCCGAUUGCAACAAACAGACCGACACUAAUCGCUGGUCAAUUUUGCACGCCGCCAGCUACCUGGAAAGUCCGGAGCUCUUGAAGUUCAUUCUGUCCCGGGAGGUAGAUGUGGACCCCAGGAGUACUAAUGGAGGAUGGACACCCCUUCUAAAGUCGAUCGAUUGUAAUCGGCUUGAGAACGUCCGACUUCUUCUCGAAGCUGGGGCCGAUCCCAACGUUAAAUAUGACGAGGACAGCACUUCGCUACACCUGGCUUUUGAGAAGAACAAUUUCGAAAUCACUCGUGCCCUUUUGAGCCAUCAAGGGAAGUGGCCAGUCCAACUUCUUAUCACAAGGAAUGGUUACUCGUUCAUCCACAUUGCGGCGGAAACAUGUAGCAGGGAAAUUGUCCAGCUUCUACUGGAAAGUGGAGCAGAAUACACGACCAAGACCACCGACGGUUCCUCCUGCCUCACACAGGCGGUCAAAGGAAAGCAUGCCGACAACCUCAAAUUGUUUCUCAGCAGGGAGCCCCCGCUAGACCCGCAGUUCAGAUGGGAAAGCCAGGACAUCGAGGACGCAUAUUGGUUAGCUGUGUCAUUGAACCAGACGGAACUUGUCGGUAUCAUACUCGAGUAUGACGACUCUUUGGAAUUGCUAAAGAAGGAGAACAAAGAUGGACUCGACCCGCUACAAUUAGCAUUGCAAAGUGCCAGCCCACAGUAUGAUUUUGAUGGCAUGGAGGAACCGCUUCCCGUUGACUUGGUCAACCGUGGAAUUGACCCAUGGGGUAGGAAGCCACUUGAUAGGCCAUCGAGGUUUGUACAAGGACUCGCUUUCAACGGCCUUCGGCGCAAAGGCUUUGUUGAAGCCUGCAUCAAGGCUUUCCCGACCGACCCUCAGCAAGCAGGUUUAGGAUUCGAAGAGCUGCGAGCUGCUACGGAGAUUGACAACUCUUCUCUUUGGGAAAAGCUCUCGCCGCUUCUGACACAAGUCGAAGACGAAACAGACCAAGAUGACUGGAACAUUCAUCACUUUUUGAGCCAGACCGGAACGAGCGCGGAGAGCUUCGACAUUUUGUCCAUCCGCGCUGACCAUCCUCUCCCACCCAGAACUUCCUUCGACAUCAAGCCUUUCCAGUUCAAGCUCCCAAGAAUCCGUUUCCGUAAAUUGGCCGAUACAGAAGCCCAAUCAUCUUUCGCAAGCUUUAUCCUACCAUCGCGCAUGGCGGUACUCAAGUCAAACUAA